UCUUGCCUCGCGCGCGCUGGGAACGAGAUGAACUUUUCCGAGAGUUUGGCGUUUUUAUCGCCGAGAGCGGAGUAAACUUUUAUUUUAUUUUAUUUUAUUCAUACAGACAGGUUUUCAAACGUGCAGAAGGAGGAUGAGGAUGAGGAUGAAGAUGAUUUGCGCGAUCCUGGUAGCGUGUUUAUGCAGGAGCGCAGCUGCGCAGUACUCCAGUGACCAGUGCAGCUGGAGAGGAAGUGGUCUGACUCACGAAGCUCACACACGGGAUGUAGAGCAGGUUUACCUGCGUUGCUCUGAGGGUUCUCUGGAGUGGCUUUACCCCACCGGCGCCAUCAUCGUGAACCUCAGACCCAACACGUUUCCUGAAGCAGGUGUUGACUCUCGACUGAGUGCCUGUGUGAAGCCCCGAGCUGAUUCCUGCGGUGCCAGCAUGUUCGUGGAGCGAGCGGGAGUGAUGCGCAUGCUGCUGAGUGAGGAAGAGCAGGCGGCCGGCCGAGUUCGCUGCUUUAGCCUCGACGAGGGAGCGCUGUUCGUUCAGGCCUCCACACACACAGACAUAAGCAAGAGAGUCACGGCAUUCCAGUACGAGCUGAUCAGAGGAGAGAGAGACACGGCAGGAGAGACGCUUUCACCCACAGAGCCGUGUAAACCCUGCACCGAUGAUGAGAUCCUCAUGGCCGUCUGCACCGCUGACUUUGUGGUGAGGGGCAGCAUCGAGUCCAUGAUCAGGGAGGGCAGUGAUGAUGAACAGCAGACGUCGAUGUUGGUGUCAGUGAGUCGUCUGUAUCGCCAAAAGCGGCGUGUGUUUGAGGGACGAGGGCGCAGCCGGUGGUCAGGACACAUAAUGGUCCCAUGGAAUUGCGGCAUACAGGUGGGGCAGGGACCACAUUUUGGGGUGUGGAAGCGGGCGGGGCUUGAGGAGUUUCUGUUCACAGGAGCCGUGAGGUUUGGCGAGGCGUGGCUUGGAUGCACUCCUCGGUAUCAUGACUUUUUACUGAUGUACCAGGCUGCUGUAGAAUCAGGAAGUAACCCCUGCCAUAUGGACAUGAACUGAGAACACAGACAGGAUCACAUGCACAGUCAGUUUUGUGGUCAGAAAAUCUAAAUUUAUUGGUCUUUAGUUCUUGCAAAGACAUAUUUUUGGGGUUGUAAAACAGCACACUGUGUGUUGUUUGUAGAUCUAAAGACCCAAAGUCUAAGGCUGAGAGCAUGAUUAAAGCCUUUCCACUGGACAGUGUGUUACAGCACAGCUCGAUUCUGCGUGCUGUACCAUUCCACAUUUUGUGCCAGAUGAACGGAACCGUAACUAAAGAACCCCUUUCAGUUUCUCAAUCAAGGUACCGCUCAUCUGUGUAUUUACAGUAAUAAUGGAGUAAUAUGAAUUGUAGUACCUGGAGUAAUAUGGAUGACAGCGUGACACGCAAGUGAGCUGAAUCGAUUAUUUUUAUUUACUUAUUACUUUAUCUUCAUAUUAAUCAUGGAAAAUUUUGGUCGUAAUAUAGCUACAGCUGUAGUAGAGUCUGGUUGAACAAAUCUAACAACUAAUAACUUUACAUAACUGUAGGAGGCCCAUCAUAUAAUAGGUCUGACACAAUCAGAGAGAAGUUGUAGAUAUUAAUUUUCAGGUAAAAUAGGAAAACAAGGAACCAUAUACAUUUAAACUCUAUAAACUAAUAGGACCAAUGAUUGAGUCCAGAGGUACACCACAAAUUAGCCUGUUUAUUUUUUUUAAUUCAUGCCAUUUUUAAAGUUUGCUUAAUAUGCUCAUGAUGUUAAUUAUUAGUAACCACAACCUCCAGAAGACUCCUACCUACAAGGCCACCAUUAAACUGACAUAGUGUGUAGUCCUCAGUUAGAGCUGUAUCGUGCCACACUGUUCGGAGGAAAAGGGUGUGUGUAUGUUGAUGUGUGUGACCUCUUAUAUUUGUGUAUACCUGGGCUGUCAUAAAAAUACAUCCUGUACGAAUCCAACUAGGUUCCUUAUUCUCUACGACCGAGAAGUGUAAAUAAUCUCAUACUGAAACAUCGGUUACAUCAGAGAACUUGUGCAUUAAUAACUCAACAAGUAAAAAGUUUAUGACGGUGGACUGUUGAAGCUGAAUGUUAUGUAUGAUGAUGAGAAAUGUGAUGAUAUUUGAGGAUGUUUCUGUUUUUGAUGUCAGUCCUGUUGUACGUUGAGAGGACGUUUGUUGCUGCUUUUGUUAGAAAGCUUUCUGUAUAGUUCAGUCGAUUCUCUUGACUGAGUUUUAAGUUCUUUAUUGUUUGUGCCUAUCUUUGUGUGUGUUUGUGUGUGUGUGUGUGUGUGUGACUGAACAAAAUGUUUUCUCUCAGCCAAU